AAAAAUGAUGCUGCCUUUUCAUAUGUCCCGGUUGCCGGCUAGCCGAUGCCGACUGUCCGGUAACACAUUGAGCUCACAUAUCCCGGUUGAUGGCGGCAGAGAGCCGACAAGAGUACAGUCUCGUUCAUACUUUCAAAGAUGGACCGUGAACAAAUAAUUGCAAUGUGGCUUUUAUAUCGAAGACGAAAAUAUCUGCGCCGGAAAGAAAAAUCAAGAAAUUAUUGGGUUCAUCCAAUUAAUAUGAAAAGAGAAGAAUUAGGUGCAUUCUAUACAUUAUUCCCAGAUCUACGAGUACAUGAAGACAGGUUUUUCAAGUACUUUAGAAUGUCUAUAACUUCUUUUGACGAAUUACAUAACCGUUUGAAGAACUCUUUGCAACGUCAGGACACAAAAAUGAGAAACUGCAUUCAGCCUGUCGAAAUGUUAGCCGUUACAAUUCGAUACCUAGCAAGUGGUCAUAUUUUUACAGAUAUGAACUGCGAAUACAGACUUGGCAUCUCAACCAUAAGCAUUAUAGUAAAAGAAGUGUGCCAAGCUAUGUGGUCUAUUAUGAAAUCUGAAUGUAUACCUAUACCUAAAAAAGAAAUGUGGGAAUCGAUUGCCUUAAAAUUAGAACAAAGGGCCAACUUUCCGCACUGCUUAGGUGCAGUUGACGGGAAGCACAUACGAAUUAUUAAUCCUCUUGGGUCGAUGUACCAUAAUUAUAAAGGCUAUGCUUCAGUAGUAUUAAUGGCUGUAGCAGAUUCGGAGUACUGCUUUACAUAUGUUGAUAUUCGUAGCUACGGAAAAGACUGUGACUCUCACAUUUUCAAGAAAUGUUCAUUGUGA